AACUGCCUUACCGGCAAAAUAAUACUUAAUAAUACAACCCUGUGUCUAUUGUGAAUUUCUUUUAACUGUAUCAUCCACCCAUGCUAGCCGAGCAAACUUUGCUUUCCCUUUUCUGUUCGGUGUUCCAUGAAUUUGGAUUAAAAAAUGAAGCUUAACGUGUCUUUCCCGGCAACAGGAUGCCAAAAGUUAUUCGAAGUAGUGGAUGAACACAAGCUUCGUGUGUUUUAUGAGAAACGUAUGGGACAAAUUGUUGAAGCUGACGUCCUCGGCGAUGAGUGGAAAGGAUAUCAUCUUCGUAUCGCCGGUGGUAACGAUAAACAAGGUUUCCCCAUGAAACAAGGAGUCCUUUCCCAUGGUCGUGUACGUCUGCUCUUGAAAAAGGGUCACUCCUGUUACAGACCUCGACGUACUGGUGAAAGAAAGAGAAAAUCUGUCCGCGGUUGCAUUGUCGACGCAAAUAUGUCAGUUUUGGCUCUGGUCAUUGUUAAAAAAGGUGAACAAGAACUUGCUGGACUCACUGACACAACUGUUCCACGACGACUUGGACCAAAGCGUGCCAGCAAAAUCCGCAAACUCUACAAUUUAACUAAGGAUGAUGAUGUUCGUCGUUUUGUGGUUCGUCGGCCUUUGCCCGCUAAGGAUAAUAAAAAAGCCACUUCUAAAGCACCCAAAAUUCAACGUUUAGUUACUCCCGUAGUGCUACAAAGAAAACGUAGACGCACUGCCUUGAAGAAGAAACGUCAAGCAGCCUCUAAGGAAGCUGCUGCUGAUUAUGCUAAAUUGUUGGCACAGCGUAAGAAGGAAUCAAAGGCUAAGCGCGAGGAAGCCAAGAGACGUCGUUCUGCUUCUUUAAGAGAAUCAAAGAGCUCGAUUUCGAGUGACAAAAAGUAAAUAAUUUUUACCAACUUCUAUAAUAAAGGUUAAAAUAUUUUAACUUCAGAAA